AUGAGUCGACAAUCUUCAAUUUAUUAAUCAUUGUUUAUAGAACAGUUAAAAAAUGGGUUCUUCUCAGGAGAGUAGUCUAUUAAUUCGAUAAAUGAUUUAUACUAAUAUGCUGUUGAAUUGGAUGUAAGUUUUUAAGAAAAUUUGGAUGAUUGUUCUGUUUUUGAUGAAAAUGGGUCUGAGACUUUGUAAUAAAUUGGAAACUCCUUUUGUUUUUGUUUUGGAGAACCAAUUUAAUCUGCACAGUAGGAAUAAUAUCAUGAUAAAUUAGUUUUAUCUAAUUUUCUUAGUUAAACUGCUUCGAUGCAAAGAUCCCAUUAUCAACUGUAUUAUGCAGCAACAAGUGACGAUUAAUUCUACUCAAUUGACCCUUGUCAACCUAUACCAAAAGAGUGGAUACCAAAAGAGCGACCAUGGUAUACAUCUCAUAACCAAUCCUCACGAAGCCUUUAAAUAACUGAUAUGUAUUUGGAAAUAGAUAUUGGAGUUUGCUUUACCUAAACGAAGAGUCUCUUCAAUAAGGAGAAUCAUCCAAUUGCAAUAAUGGCAAAUGACUUGACGAUGAAUUAGUUCACACAAUAUGAUCAAAUACUUCCUGUUAAGUUCAUGCUAAUCGAUUUGACAGGACAGAUUCUAUUGAAUCACAUUUAUUUGGAGGAGUAAAAGGAGAUAUAUUAUUUUUAAAAUGUAUCUAAAACAGGUUUCAAUGAGAGUGACUUUGAAAACCUUUUGCAUUUUCUGAAUGGAGAGAUCUAUGAAGAUUAAUGUCCAAUAAGUAUUGAUAAUACAUUUUGUUUGUUUAAUAAAUAGGAAUAAAAAAUAAAAUUUAUAAGUUUAUUUAGCUUAACAAAAUUGAGUUAUGUGUUAAUUUCAGAAUUUGACCCAGAUUUAUAUAUAGAAGACAUCAACAUUUUGGUGCUUGAAAUAGAGAAUAAGAAGAGAUUAUCACUUGUUAUAUUUUUUGGUGUGAUUGGAUUUUCAAUUUCAUUAUUUUUUGUAUCCUUUUUGAUUAAUACUUUAAUACUACAGCAGCCUUUAUAAAAUUUACUUUAUCACACAAAUUUACUUCAAAAAAAUACUAAAAGCAUAAAGCAGAAGAAGAUAAACUUCUCAGAUUCAAACACUAUUGGGAGACUGAAUCUGGCAUUUUAGAGUUUAUUGAAUCAAUAAAAUCAAGGGAGACAAGAGAACAAGGAAUUAGUAAGAUUAAGAUUUGAGAUGAUUUCUGAAUAUCAGAAAAAGUAAAAAGAGUUUGAUUAACUGAAUCUGAGAAAUAUUAUUACUAGAUCUAAUUUAUUGGACUUAGAACUUUCAUAACAAUUAAAAAGCAAUCCAGAUCAAAAGGUGAUCAAAUAACUAAUUUAAGUGAAGAAAAUCACAUUGUCAACUUUCUAAGAAAUCAAUUCAAGCUGA